AUGAUGAAAUGCCCAGAUGGAUAUCAUAUGAAAGUAAUAAAUACGGUUGGAGAAAGGUCAAAUCUAAUGAAUGAAGAUUCAAUGAAUAAAAUAAAUUCGAAUGUUUCUGGAAUAAUGGGUGAGAAGCAAACCAGAGUUGUACAGAUUGAUAAUGCAAAAGUGACGGGAGUAAGGAUGGAAUCUGAAAUUAAAUCUGAGUUAGACUGUAAUGGCGGCUACACGUCGGUUAAUUGUACAAAUUUGGCUGGAGGAAAAAAACAGGUAAGCAAAGAAGUUACACAGAACAGACCAGUAGAAAGGUCAGGGCCAAAUAAUUCAGAUUUCAGGAAUUGUAAGUCAACUUCUACAACAGCAUCUUCUCUAUCAAGCUCUUCGCUCUCUCAUCCUCAUAAUAAAUGGAGUAUACCAUCAAGAUAUCAAGUAAGACAUUUAAUUGGUACGGGCUCUUAUGGCCAUGUAUGCGAGGCAUAUGACAGCAAAGAAAACCGUUUGGUGGCAAUCAAGAAGAUCCAUCGGGUUUUUGAGGAUUUGGUGGAUUGUAAACGGAUAUUGAGGGAAAUUGCUAUAUUGAGUAGGUUGAAUCAUGACCAUAUAGUGAAGAUUUUGGAUAUUUGUGCUCCAGAAGACACUGAGCACUUUGAUGAAAUUUACUUGGUGUUAGAAAUUGCUGAUAGUGAUUUCAAAAAAUUAUUUAGGACACCAGUAUAUCUAUCGGAGUUACAUGUAAAGACACUAUUAUAUAAUCUUUUGGUUGGACUUAAAUAUAUCCAUUCAGCAGGAAUUUAUCACAGAGAUUUAAAACCAGCUAAUUGCCUAGUCAAUCAAGACUGUGGAGUGAAAAUUUGUGACUUUGGACUAGCAAGAACAGUUAAAAAGCCUUUGGAAAUGCUCAACUGUAACUCGAAUAUAAAUAACAAUGAUAAUUCAAUGGUAAGUAGGAAAUCUACACUGGGUAGUGCAGACAUAAAAAAUGACAAUUCUCAAGAUAACGAAGGAUUCAAACAAGGAGGAAGGUUUUUGAAGCGUCAGCUUACUGGGCAUGUCGUAACAAGGUGGUAUCGUGCACCAGAACUGAUUUUACUCCAAGAAAAUUAUACUGAAGCCAUUGAUAUGUGGAGUGUUGGAUGCAUUUUUGCCGAGCUCCUUAAUAUGCUCAAGGAAAAUGUAGCCUAUUAUAGUGAUAGAAGUCCACUAUUUCCAGGAAGUAGCUGUUUCCCACUUUCACCAGACAAUAAGCAACAAAGUGAAGACUAUCGUUUUAAAAUUAGAGGAAAUAGGGAUCAAUUAAACAUGAUUUUCAAUGUUCUAGGAUCUCCAUCAGACGAUGAUAUUGAAGUUCUUGAAAAAGAUGAUGCAAAAAGAUACAUUCGAAUUUUCAGUAAAAGGUCUGGAAUUGACUUACAAACGAGAUUCCCGGGUGCUUCAGUCCAAUCAAUUGAUUUGCUCAAGAAAAUGUUGGUUUUUAAUCCAAAUAAGAGAAUUACAGUUGAUGAAGCUCUGAGUCACUCACUCUUUAAAAAUAUAAGAAAUGAGAUGCUUGAAAUUAUAUCUCAUGAAAAAAUAACUCUUCCCUUUGAUGAUUGGAGCUCUAUGACAGAGCGAGAACUAAGAUAUUUCUUUUUAAAGGAGAUACAAAGAUAUUCUCCAGACUUGGUGAUUCCAGACUCUAUUAAAAUGGGUCUUGAGUAA